GUGGCCUUUGGUGAAUCUGGGGAAGCACCGCCUAUUUUCGCCCAAGCUGCAAACUCAAAUCUGGUCUAUGUUGCCAAUCAACCUGCUGCACCUUUGGCUGAAGCCUUAAUUGUGCCGCAAGAUUCAGCCAUUCAAUCAGUCCAAGAUUUAAAAGAAGCAAAUCAUUUAAAACUUGAUGAUAUUCAAGUGGUCUACCUACCACCAGCUGAUGCACGUGCUGCCUUUGAAAAAGGUGCUGUAGAUGCUUGGGUCAUUUGGGAUCCGUUCUUUGCUGCUGCUGAAAAACAACUCAAUGCCAAAGUCAUUGCGACAGGUCAAAACUUGGUCAACAACCACCAAUUCUAUUUGGCUGAUCGUAAGUUUGCCGAACAACAUCCCGAUGUUUUAAAAAUUGUGGUCAAUGAACUGAAUACGACAACGCAGUGGGUGUCUCAACAUCAAACCGAUGCGGCAAAACUCUUAGAAAAACCGACGGGAUUACCGCUUGAUAUUUUGAAUACCUCAAUUUCUCGUAUGGGUUUUGGUGUGACUCCAAUUUCUAACGAUGUGGUAAAGAAACAGCAAGCUGUCGCAGAUGCUUUUUAUCAACAAAAACUCAUUCCCAAUAAAAUCAACAUUCAAGCAGCUCGAAUUAAUUUCGCCAACAGCGCCGUUAAAGAGGACAUUAAUAUGACCCAGCAAAUCGCACAACAAAACACAGCCUCAUGGUUCAAUGCAACGACUCAUGCCAUGACCACGAUGUUGAUCUGUAGCGCAAUGCUGGGUUCAGCCUCUGUGUGGGCAAUCGAUCCAACGGUAAAAGAAUUACGUAUUGGCUUUCAAAAAAGUUCUAUUAAUUUUGCAAUCGCCAAACAACAAAAGUUGUAUGAGAAAGAAUUCCCAAAUGCCAAAAUCACUUGGAAUGAAUUCCCUGCGGGUCCUCAAAUUUUAGAAGCCCUUGCUGUAGGUUCUCUGGAUGUUGGUGUCACUGGCGAUACCCCACCAGUAUAUGCCCAAGCCGCGAAUAAACCGCUGUACUACAUUGCCUAUGAAGCAGCCAAGCCGUUGGCUUCGGCAAUUUUAGUGCCUAAAGAUUCAAAAAUCACCAAACUGAAUGAGUUGAAAGGUAAACGUAUUGCGUUACAGAAAGGCUCAAGUGCACAUUAUUUAUUGGUACAAGCUGUCCGUAAAGCUGGUUUGCAAUGGUCAGACAUUCAACCGAUUUGGUUAACCCCAGCUGAUGCCCGUGCUGCAUUUCAAAAAGGUGCUGUCGACGCUUGGGCGAUUUGGGACCCAUUCUUUGCUUCUGCUCAAGUUGAAGAUCAAGCGCGUAUCCUCGCCUCAGGGCAGGGUUUAAGUCCAAAUUAUACCUUCUAUUUGGCAUCGCCAGAUUUUGUAAAGAAAUAUCCUCAAGCAGUUAAAGGCAUUAUCCAGCAAAUUAAUACUGCUGAUAAAUGGGUACAAGCCAAUCGUGUCGCAACUGCACAAGCCAUCGGGCAAAGUACUGGUUUAAAACCGAAAGUUAGUCAAACUUUUAUUGAGCGACGUCCAAGACCUUCGGGUGCAGCACCGCUUUCAGCAAAAGUAAUUGCAGAUCAACAACAACUGGCCAAUCGUUUUAGCGAACUCAAAAUUAUUCCAAACAGCAUUGAUAUCAAACAAGCCGUUUGGACGGCGAAA